AUGCUUUUUUUGGAGCGUCCACACGUGAUGAGCGAACGUCCUUCGCAUCGGGGACCGGAGAUGGAGCCUCUUCCCGGGGGGAAGAAGGGCAAGGUGGCCAUGAGCUUCCAGAGGAGCUCCACUUCAGACGAUGACUCUGGGUGUGCGCUAGAAGAGUACGCGUGGGUUCCUCCAGGACUCAGACCAGAGCAGGUCCAGAUGUAUUUUUCCUGUCUGCCUGAGGACAAGGUGCCGUACAUCAACAGUUCUGGUGAGAAACACCGUAUCAGACAACUGCUCUACCAGCUGCCGCCUCACGACAAUGAGGUUCGGUACUGCCAAUCUCUAACGGAGGAAGAAAACAGGGAGCUUCACAUGUUUAGCGCCCAGCGGAAGAGAGAGGCACUCGGGAGGGGAACGCCCAAGAUCCUGCCACGAGCACUGCAACAUACUCGCUGCGAAAAUUGUGGAGGUGGCAUCAAUGGAGGGGAAAUGGCAAUCUUUGCCUCAAGGGCUGGACCAAACCCAUGCUGGCACCCCGCUUGCUUUGUGUGCGCCACAUGUCAAGAGCUCCUAGUGGAUUUGAUUUAUUUCUACCAAAACGGUAGGAUCCUCUGUGGAAGACAUCAUGCAGAAAUGAUGAAACCGAGAUGCUCCUCUUGUGACGAGAUCAUAUUCGCAGAUGAGUGCACUGAGGCCGAGGGCCGACACUGGCACAUGAAGCACUUUGCCUGCUUCGAGUGCGGGACGAUGUUAGGAGGGCAACGCUACAUCAUGAAAGACGGCCGGCCCUACUGCUGCUGUUGUUUUGAGUCGCUGUAUGCGGAAUAUUGUGAGGCGUGUGGUGAAAAUAUUGGAGUGGACCAUGCGCAAAUGACCUAUGAAGGUGGACACUGGCACGCUACGGACGAGUGCUUCUGCUGUACUCAGUGUAAGACGUCCUUGCUGGGCUGUCCCUUCCUGCCAAAACAAGGGCGCAUCUACUGUUCCAAGGCCUGCAGCCAAGGUGAAGAUAUUCACGCCUCCGAUUCAUCCGACUCUGCGUUUCAGUCUGCUCGUUCUCGCGAAUCCCGGCGCAGUGUUCGCAUGGGGAAGAGCAGCAGACCCGCUGAACAAUGGAGACAGUCCCAAGUCCUUAACCCCUCCACAGUUGUCUCUGAAGUUGAUGGGAAUAUUGAUGUUACGGGGCAGAAGCUUUCCCAUCUCAGGCUGGAUGAGGAACGGUUUUGGAGAGAUCGAGAGGACCAGGAUGCUGGGGGAGAAGAAGACCCUGAGGAAUGGGCCCAGCAUGAGGACUACAUGACUCAGCUCUUGCUAAAGUUCGGGGACCAGGGAGUGUUGCAACAGAUUCAACAACCAUCCCUAAAAUCUCCCAGUCCUAACAAUGACAGAAACCGUCUGGUGACUGUUUCAGACCCUUGGCUAAAGCCAGAACACCUUGGAAUCACUGCCUCUUCACCUACUCCAACUAGUCCCACCCAGAGCCAAACUUCCAACCAGUCCCGAGCCAGCCUUAGCCCUGGACUGAUGAGCAAGAAACAUCUUCCUGAGAUGUACUGGGCCCAAUCUCAGGACGGGUUGGGUGACUCCGCGUACGGAAGUCAUCCAGGACCUGCCAGUGCCAGAAAGAUCCAGGAGCUAGAACUGGAUCAAGAUCAGGACCAAAUGGGUGCAGGCAAACAUGACACUCUAUGGCCGGAGAACAGACAGUGGUACCAAGAUACUCUGGAAUGCAUUGCAGAUGAGCUCAGGAAGGCAGGGCAAAGUAUGGGAGAUUCCAUGGACUCAUUGGCGCUAUCCAACAUCACCGGUGCAUCAGUUGAUGGCGAUGGCAGAGUCUAUUCCCUUCAUGCAAUGCACCAACCUUUAGAAGAAGGUUGCGAGAAAAUGAGCAACAUGGGAACCUUUAAUUCAUCUCACCUUCACCACAGUAACACCUCUCUCAACCUGAACAUGGAGAAGGGAGAGCAACAGACAACACAAGAUGGAGGACUUUUAUCUUUGUACAACCAUUCAGAAUCCCCACCCGCUUUUGUCCACGCGCCGGCUCUGAGGAGGACCAAAUCCCAGUCCAGGCCCCCUCAAAUGGUCAAAUUCACAGAAGACACUGUGGAUAAUGGCUACAACGACGGAUUCGACAUCAAUAUUCGAAAGCAUCCCAUGAGCGAGAGGCCACAGCGCAGGGCUUUUGCACACCGUGACGCUAGCAGGGACAGAAGCCGUCCAUCGAGUCAACACGGGCACAAUGGACAGCGUCCCCACCACGCUCGGCACCACAGGAGCCGCAAAACCCAUUCAGACAUUGCCCUAAACAUGCCGCAAAGACUGUACCGACAUCACCGGCAGAAUCCCGGUGACCCUCGCCAACAACCCUCUCAAAAACAGGCCGACUAUAUGAUUCCAGGCCCAUCCCGAGGAGACUUCCGGGCCGAGCAUUUUAUGGGUCUCUACAAAGAUGAGGACGAGUGGUGUUCCACUUGUUCUUCGUCAUCAGACUCUGAGGAAGAAGGAUAUUUCCUGGGCCAGCCUAUCCCGCAGCCCCGAUCCACUGGACGCUUCUAUACAGAGAACUACCCCCGGGUGAUUGCUCUCUCGCCCCAAAGUCACAGCUUAAAACACGGAAAGAGUCACCGAUCCAAAAACUGUAUUAUCUCUUGA